AUGUCGGGCGAGUGGCUGCGGCGCUGGCGGCGGGGCGGCCCCGCGGAGCGGCCCGGCGGAGCCCCGGCACCGGGCCCGGGCCCGCCGCCCCCCGCCCUGCGCUACCGCCGGCCCAAGUUCGUGCCCGGCGGCGGCGAGGAGGCCCCGCGGGGCGGGCGGGCCGUGCGCGGAGCCGCGCCCGAGCGGCCGCUGCCCUGGGGCGCGGGAUACGCCGAGGUUAUCAAUGCCGAGAAGUCAGAGUUCAAUGAGGACCAGGCAGCCUGCUGUCAGAUCUCUGUCCGGAGGAGAGAGCCAGGCCUGGAGGAGGAUGAGGAAUGGCUGAUCCUGUGCUCCACACAGUUCCUGACUGGUCACUACUGGGCACUGUUUGAUGGCCAUGGCGGCCCGGACGCUGCCAUCAUCGCCUCCAACUAUCUGCACUACUGCAUCAAGCAGAAGCUGGAGGAGGUUGUGGGAGGCAUCACCGAGGCCCAGCCCCCCAUGCACCUCAGCGGGCGCUGCGUUUGUGACAGUGACCCCCAGUUCGUGGAGGAGAAGCACAUCCACGCGGGAGACCUGGUGGUGGGAGCCCUGGAGAAUGCCUUCCAGGAAUGUGAUGAAGUCAUUGGCCAGGAGAUGGAAGCUACAAACCAGACAGGAGGUUGCACUGCUCUGGCUGCCCUUUAUUUCCAGGGAAAGCUCUAUGUGGCCAAUGCUGGGGAUAGCAGGGCAAUUCUUGUCCUGAAGGACAGCAUUGUGCCCAUGAGCAGUGAGUUCACCCCCGAGUCAGAGAGGCAGCGAAUCCAGCACUUGGCUUUCCUUUUCCCCAAGCUCCUGGAUGGUGAAUUCACCCGCUUUGAGUUUCCUCGGAGGCUGAAGGGAGAUGAUGUGGGCCACAAAGUGCUGUACCGGGAUUACUUCAUGGAGGGCUGGGGGUACAAGACGGUGGAGAAGGCUGACCUCAAGUAUCCUCUGGUCCAUGGUCAUGGGAAGCAGGCUCGCCUGCUGGGCACUCUGGCUGUCUCUCGAGGCCUGGGGGAUCAUCAGCUCAAGGUCAUUGACACCAACAUUGAAGUCAAACCCUUCCUCUCCUGCAUUCCUAAGGUGAAUGUAUUUGACUUUGCUCUGCAUGACAUUAAGGAAGAUGAUGUCCUCAUCAUGGCAACUGAUGGCCUUUGGGAUGUUCUGUGCAACGAUGAGGUGGCCCAUGUGGUCAGGAGCUUCCUUGCAGAAAACAGGACAGAUCCUCAAAGGUUUUCAGAACUGGCCAAGUGCUUGGUCUGCAGGGCAAGGGGAAAGAAGAGAGGCCACCAGUGGAUGCUGGAUGACAGCCACGAGGCAUCCUACGAUGACAUCUCUGUAUUUGUCAUCCCACUACACAACAGGGAAGAGGACUGACUGUCAGGAUGACACAGCAUCUCUGUGCUCCCUUACUCUGGUGCCAUUCUGCAUCAGCCUGAGACUGAGGAACUUCUGCUGCUCUUCCAGCAAAACCAUUUGCAGUGGGACCUGAAA